UCGUACUAUUUUCCGAAUGAUAACACAGCGAAGCAAUUGGCCAAUUUUACCCUUUAACACUGCAUGCAUAAUUAAACAAGUUGAGGACUUCGCUCUUCUGAAAAUCAUCAAUCGAUUAAAGCAUUGACGAUGGAAGGUCGUUAUAUUACCACGUUAUUCUUUAUUAUACAAAAUGGAUUUUUUGCACUGGCAAUACCUCCGGAAAUUCUCCGAUCUGCUAUGAAUACGCCGGACUUUCUGCACAAUUUCGUACGAAUGCCAGACGGAUCACGCCUCAACGUUUCCAACUUGGUGCAUGAAGAUGGCAACACUGACGCUAUGCACAUAAGUGGAGUCGGAACUGCUAGGUUGGCGUCGUAUGAUCGCUGUGAACCACGCUUUGUCACAGUUAUGUUACCAAAAGAUAUGGACUCUAAUGUUUUGUUAUGGCCUCCAUGUACACGUAUUGAGAGGUGUUCAGGAUGUUGUCCAUCAGACGUGUUGGUCUGUGAGCCAGUACAAACAGAAUUAGUCACUUUCAGGGUCAUCAAAAACAUAAUGCCGUACCAGGGUUCUCCCGAGUUCCAAUAUGGUGGUAUGAAGGAAGUCACUGUGGAGAGACAUACAAAGUGUGACCAACGAUGUCGUGUCAAGGCUCAUCACUGCAACCCAAAUAUACACGAUUAUCUAGAAAGGGACUGUAGAUGUCGCUGUAAAAAUCGUGUAACAUGUGCAUCAUCUAAACAUAUUUGGCGGGAAAACAACUGCAAAUGUGAAUGUGUACAGAAAAAGCCAUGUACUGGAUUUGCUCGCUUUGAUGAGUCGACUUGCGAAUGCGCCUUGCGCCAGACUAUCAUGAGCGAAAUGACUGAUGCAGAAAGAGAAGAGUUGAGAAAUAUUCUGUCUGGAAACGAAGGACCAGAACCGACGACGACGACGACGACAACGACUACGCCAGCACCAACAGGGUGUUCUUCUAUGCAUUGCACCAUAGAUGGGUGGGCACCGAGAAGAUUUGGUACCACUUGUAGAUGUUUUCCUAUGUUCGGAAGAGGCCGGCGUCGACGUAGAGAAACGUAGACAACUUCUAAAUGACAAUCUUUGUGAUUUAAAAAAAAUAUGCAAAGAGACAUUGGAUUUCACAUGAUUGCAAAUCUUUUGCCACACAUGUCUUUCCUUUUUUUAACACCAAAGGGGUUAUAUAAUUGUUUAUUUUGUCAGUAUAUUCUUCCCUGUAAAAUGACUGUAUGACGUUUAUUGACGCCACUUUGAGAUUGAAAACAUUUAAUGCAAAUAAAUUAAAAAGAAUUUAUUA